AUGUCGGCACACCAAGCAACUCCGCCGCCUGGCGGAAACUAUUACCCUCGUGAGUCGAACCAACAGCCUCAGCAACAGUACUUUGCGCCACCUCCCGGCGGCCAGUCGUACCCACCGCCGCCCUCGUCUCCGCCCACACUCCAGCAGCAACAACAGCACUACCCGCCUCCGCCAGGCGCAGCAAACACACAGCAGCAGCACUAUGCGCCCCCACCCGAGAAGCAGCAAUAUGCGCCGCCCCCAGAACUCCAGCACUACCCGCCCCCAGGCCAAGCGCAAUCGCCGCCCAUGAGCCCAGGCUACGGCGGGUUUCCAGCCGGAAGCCCCAGCGCAAGUCCAUAUCCGCCUGAAAAACAAGCUCCUCACCCGGGCAUGCCACAGCCGCCCAUGAGCCCGCAGAGUAUACCGCAGCAGCCGCAGUAUGCGGGCGCGCUGGCACACGCCAUGCCUGGGAAUGUGUCUGCGGAUGAUGUGGGCACAUUCAACGGAGGCAGUUAUCGCGUCAGCCAUAGAGAUACAAAUACCAUUCUCACUGUCCAAUUGGCGAUUGGGUGUCCGUUGACGGCGAAGCCGGGCGCAAUGAUCGCAAUGUCCCCCACCAUGACGCUCAAAGGCAACGUCAAAUUCUCGCUCAAGAAAAUGCUCAUCGGAAGCGAAAUGUCAAAAUCAACAUACACGGGCCCCGGCGAACUCCUGCUGGCGCCCCCCGCCAUCGGCGACAUCACCAUCAUCAAGCUCAGCGGCAAGGAUACCUGGAGUAUGGGCCACGACGCGUUUCUCGCUUGCACCCAGGGCAUCGUGAUUGAGCACAAGAGCCAGGGCAUCGGCAAAGCCAUGUUUAGCGGCGAGGGCAUGUUUAUCUACAAGAUUAGUGGCACGGGUGUGCUUUGGUGCACGAGUUUCGGGGCUAUUAUUAGGAAGGAUCUCGUCGCAAACGAAAAAUACAUCAUCGAUAACGGCCACCUCGUCGCGUGGAACUGCAAAUACGUGCUUGAGCGCGUGGCCAGCGGAGGCAUCAUCAGCAAUGUUAGUGCCGGCGAGGGCCUCGUGUGCAAGUUUACCGGUCCAGGAACCGUCUUUAUGCAGACGAGGAAUGCCUCUGCGUUUGCGCAGUGGCUGGCUGCUCAUGCUACGGCGUAGUGAGAAAAUAUCCUGUGAGCGAGGCGGAUUGCGGGUUGAAUAGCGAUGUGUGUGUGUGUGUGUGUGUACGUGUGUGUUUUGGCUAUUUCCAUUGGGCGUUGAAGUAUCUCUUUUCUCUCUCUCUCUCU